CAUUCACUCGGCUUUCCAAACCCUAAACAACAAUCCUUUUCCUUUCUCUAAAAAACCUUUCUUAGUUAGUCAUAUACAUCUGUCUUUAACAUGGCAGCUGGUCUUAAGCUUGUUUGUGCCCUAAUGCUAUGCAUGCUUGUGGCCGCUGCACCCAUGGCCAACGCCUUGACGUGCGGUCAGGUGUCCAUCGCAAUGAAGCCGUGCAUGGGGUACCUUAUGUCUGGAGGGGACCGUCCACCAACUCCCUGCUGCAACGGAGUCAAGUCCCUCGUCAGCCAGGCGAGGACCACCACUGACCGCCAACAGGCUUGCGAGUGCUUGAAGUCAGCUGCCGGAGCUAUGCACAACCUCAAACGUGACGUUGCUGCUGGCCUCCCCGACAAGUGUGGUGUCAACAUCCCUUACAAGAUUAGCUCCUCCACCAACUGCAAGAGUGUCAAGUGAGGUGAUGAAAGUGGUGGAUUUCUGAAGAUGUUGCUAUAUAUGAGCUGCGAAUAAUAAGGAUGCAAGUCGUUUUGUGCGUCAAAAUAUGGGCCGGUCUCCACCUUAGCGAGGGUCUUCUUAUGUUUCGUGGUAGUGUUUUUUUGUCUUUGUUGUCUUAUGUUAUCAUGUAAGAGUUGUUCCCUAAGUUGUAUGCCGCGACUGCCAGCAUAUAAUCUAUCAAGUUAAUUAGA